AUGCUAGAGGCCAUGAAAGAUUGUGAUAUUCCUGAGGGUGGCCUGGUCCCUAAAUCUCUGUACCGUACAGCUGAGGAGCUGGAAAACGAGGAGGUUAAACUGUGGAAUGAAACCAUCUACAAGAGCGCCAGUGUGUUAAAGGGGGCUCCACACGAGGUGCUCAUAGAGAUUACAGACGUGUCGUCCGUCAUCACGUGGGACUUUGAUGUGUGUAAAGGCGACAUGAUCUUCAAUAUCUACCACUCCAGAAGAGCUCCUCAGCCCGUUAAAAAAGAGGGACUGAGCGCACACAACCUGGCCUGUCCUGCCGGAAACAACGUCCAGUUCAUUGACCGAUCCUGGAUGCUCGGCCAGGACUACAGUAUGGUGGAGACAGCCCUCACCUGCAGAGAGGGAGAGAGCGUACAGGGCUCUCAUGUGACGCGCUGGCCUGGUUUUUACAUCCUGCAGUGGCGUCUGUACAGCACUCCGUCCUGCUCGUCCUCCAGUCGGCCGCGUGUAGAUGAUGUGCUGGCGUCUCUGCAGGUCUCCUCACACCGGUGCAAAGUCAUGUACUUCACUGAGGUGCUGCAGUCCGCUGACUUCAGGGGCUCGAUGAGCAGUCUGGAGUCGAGUCACAGUGGUUUCUCUCUGCUCAGUGCCUCCACCACCUCCUCCAAUCACUCACACACAGCUUCCACCAUCUCCAGAUAGUCGCGCACUUUAACACCAGAACUAGAGUGAACUAACACCUGACUGAUGCCUUUAUCAGUUUAUAUCAGCAGAAACUGCACACUUACUGUAUAUUAGACGCACAUUUUCUCUACUUUGUUACAAAUAAAUUUGUAAAUGUUGUUAC